ACACUGCAAUCCAUCGGAAUAAUGUCCAUGGCUCGGCAAUCAUCAUCCUUAUCCAGCACCUCUUAGAUCGUUCCUGUUCCUGUUCCUGUUCCUGUUCUUGUCCUUGUUCUGUUGCUCUUGUUUCCCUUCCUCUCCUCUUCCUCCUCUGCUUCGUCGUUGACUACCGGCGAUUGUAUAUACAGAUCCAACAGUGUCCUAGAGAGGUACAGACAGACUACAGAGUGUGGACGGCAAGUCUACACCCACACUAUCAUGUUGUCCCUCCUGGCCCUCGGUGCCCUCGCGCCUACAGUAUGGGCUCAAUCCAGCGAAGAGACCAUUCUGGGUGUAUACAUGUUCCACCGCCACGGAGACAGAACUCCCAAAGCUCUCGCUCCAGCAAACUUGACCGAUCUCGGCUAUCUCCAAGUCUACGAAUCAGGACAAUACUACCGCAACCGCUACAUUGCCUCCAAUGCCACCGCCCGCAUCAAUGGCAUCAACGCCGACAUUGUCAAACAGAGCCAAAUCUCCGUUUCCGCCCCCGACGACACCGUUCUCAUGAACUCUGCCAUGGGUUUCUUACAAGCUCUCUACCCUCCCGUGGGCACCGCAUUGGGCUCCCAGACUCUGCGCAAUGGCAGAAAUGUCACCGCUCCCAUGAAUGGUUACCAGCUCAUUCCCGUGGAUUUGGUCGCUUCGGGUGCGGGCAGUGAAGAUAGUGGUUGGUUGCAAAGUACGAGUAAUUGUGCUCAAGCACAAAUUAGCUCGAAUGAGUAUUUUAUGAGUGAAGACUAUCUCUCGACAUUGGAUCGCACUCGAGAGUUUUAUACUUCGCUGGAACCAGUUGUCAAUGGCACUUUUUCGCCUGAUCAGUUGAGUUUUAAAAAUGCUUAUACCAUCUUCGACCUCAUCAACGUCGCCGAAAUCCACAACGCCACCAUCAACUCCUCUGACCUCCUCACCCCAGAAACUCUCUCGCAACUCCGCACCCUCGCCAAUGCCCACGAAUGGGGUCUAGCAUACAACGCCUCCUCCCCCACAGAUAUGCGAUCCAUCGCAGGCAAAACUCUCGCAGCGCAAAUCGUACAAUUCCUCAACACAACGAUUCCCAACAACGGAAACGGAAAAGGAAAAUCCAAAAUCGGAAUUCAAUUCGGCGCAUAUGCAACAUUUGCCUCAUUUUUCGGCCUGGCAAAUCUAUCUCUUGUGGAUGAAGAUUUUAUGGGAAUUGUCGAUUAUGCUUCCGCUAUGACUUUUGAAUUGUUUACGAAUUCUUCUUCUUCUACCUCUUCUACCUCUUCGCUGGGAGAAAAUGAAGAAGAGGACCUCUACAUCCGUUUCCUCUUCCACAACGGCACUUCUUCUUCGACGAGUGAACCUACGAUUUAUCCACUCUUUGGCACUCAACAAGAGACUAUCACGUGGAAAGAAUUUACGGCACAGAUGGAGAAAUUUGCGAUUGGGACGACGGAGGAAUGGUGUCUGGCUUGUGGGAAUUCUACGGGGAGUUGUGCUGCUUAUUCUUCAUCUUCCUCGUCCUCUUCAUCUUCCUCUUCAUCCUCUUCGAGUGGAAAUAGCGGAAACGGAAACGGACUCAGUCCAGCCGUCAAUGGUGUCAUUGGAGCCAUGGUAACUCUUGCUGUGAUUUUGGGUUUGGAGGCUUUGAUUUUGGGCUUGGGAGGCUUGAGGAUUGUGUCGAAGAAGAAGAUGAUGAACGAUAACCACGGGACGAAUGAAAUGGGUGGUGGGAGUGGUAAUGGAAGUGAUAGCGAGGUGGGAGGGAAUUUGAAAAGUGGAAUGUGAUUUUGAUGGAGGUGUGAGAUGUGAGAUGUGAGAUGUGAGAUGUGAGAUGUGAGAUGUGAGAUGGGAGAUGUGAGAUGUGACUGGAGAGAGCUACGUUAUGAAAAGAGGAAGAAAAAUGAAGAGUGAUGAAGAAUGAAGACGAUGAUGAUGACAACAGAUUGAUGAGAAAAGAUUAGAUUUCAUGAUUUUCUUCUUCUACAAACUUCCGUCAGUCUUGGCUAUACAAUAGUAUACAGUAACGAAAACCUCAUUAUUA